AUGGGGUACAUGGUUGCCCAAAAGGGUGGAUAUAAUGAUGUUGGUUUUACAAAGAAAGACUUGUACAAUUAUUCCGACAAAAAAAUGUGUGAUGUUGUUAAGGAUGGUGAUGUUGCUGCUGCCCUAAAUUAUCUCAAAGUGAAAUCAUCUACGGAUCCUAUGCUUUAUGCAGAAUAUUGUGUCAGUAGUGACGGAAGAUUGAAGUCACUUUUUUGGGCAGACGGCCCUAGUAGAUCAGACUAUAUAUGUUUUGGGGAUGUUCUUGCAUUUGACACAACUUACAGGAAGAACAAAUACAAUUAUCCCUUGGUUAUAUUUUCUGGUUGCAACCACCACUCGCAGACUGUUAUAUUCGGUGCAGCAUUGGUGUCGGACGAAACGAUAGAGACGUAUAAGUGGUUGUUGAAGUGUUUCUUAGACUGCAUGGAAAACAAAUAUCCAGAAGCAGUUGUAACAGAUGGAGAUGGUGCUAUGAGGGAGGCUAUCAAACAAAUUUAUCCUGAUGCGACCCAUCGGUUGUGUGCUUGGCAUUUGAACAAGAAUGCAGGUGAAAAUGUAAAGAAGUCACAAUUUUUGGAUGGUUUUAAAAAGGCAAUGUACUCAAAUUUUACAACAGAACAAUUUGAAGAAUUUUGGUGGGAGAUGUAUAAAGAGAAUGAACUUGAAGGAAAUUCUUGGGUUGCCAAAACAUAUGAGACCAAGUCACUUUGGGCUACUGCAUAUCUACAUGAUAAGUUUUUUGGUCAUAUAAGAACUACGUCUCAGUGCGAAGCUGUCAAUGCUAUAAUCAAGUCUUAUGUAAGGAAGAAAGGGUGCAUUUUUGAAUUUAUGCAUAAUCUUGAACAAGCUUUGAGGGAUUACAGAAAUAAUGAACUUGUUGCUGAUUUUAAAUCGAAGUUUUCAGAUCCAGUGUUGACAACUCAUCUUCGUCCGAUCGAAAGUGACGCUGCCAAAACUUAUACAGCAGAGAUUUUCAAAGAAAUAAAAGAAGAAAUAAUGAAGGCUGGUGCGUUAAUUGUAAAGGAGCGAUUAAUAAAAGGGGAACUGAGAGUUUAUACAUUGACAAAAUAUUGUGAGGAUGGAUAUGAAAGAGAGGUUGUGUAUGAUCCUUCAGGUGAAACAUUGUGA